GUCAUCGCCCUAGUGAACGGGAGAGGGACCGGUGGCGGCGGCGGUGGAGGAGGAGGAAAGCUGAGUGGCGCUAGUUCGGGCUGGUAGAAGAGAGAGAGAGAGAGUGUUAGCACAAUGCGCUGGUUUAACGGCAGCAUUCCCGACGCCAUCGCCUUCGCUAAGCAACACAACGCGGUUUUUAUAGUUUUUAUUCGAGGGGAUGAUGAACAAUCAACACGGAUGGCUGCAAGUUGGGAGGCUGAAGAAGUAGCAGAAGCAACUGUAAACUCUUUUGUUGCUAUUAAAAUAGAUGCUAAAAGUGAAACAUGUGUGCAGUUUUCUCAAAUCUAUCCUGUGGUGUGCAUUCCAUCAAGUUUUUUUAUAGGAGACAAUGGAAUCCCUUUGGAAGUUGUUGCUGGAAGUGUGACUGCAAUGGAACUAGUAACUCGAAUUCAGAAAGUUAAGGACAUGCAUAGACAAAAGAAUGUAGCAGCAGCAGGUGACAACCAGGAAAACCAUAUAGGCCAAAGCCAGGCUUCAGCAAGUGAAUUUCCAGAAUCUGCUCAAGCCAAUGAGCCACAAGUUUGUGAUAUUAAAACAACAGAGACAAUGGCUUCAGCAGCACUUCAAGUAAGAGCCAAAGAAUCACCUUCUAAAAUGCCUGAACAUAAAGAUCAUUCUGAUCAUGCCGGUCCAUCUAGUAAAUGCUGCAUUGAUGAAUCUUCUGCUCCUUCUCAAGCUUCAGAAGACCUUAACACCCGAGUUGAAAGGCUCACUAAGAAGCUUGAAGAACGGAGAGAGCAGAAAAAAGAGGAUGAAUUAACGAAUGAAAUUAAAGUUGAAAUUGAACGCAGGAAAGUUGGCAAGGAAAUGGUGGAAUUCAAGAGAAAACAAGAGGAGGACAGAACAAAAAGAAUGCUUGAGGAAAGAAGCCGAGAUAAAGAAGAAGAGCGCUUAGCACGAGAAAGAAUAAGACAGCAGAUUGCAUUGGACCGUGCAGAGAGAGCUGCACGCUAUGCAAAGACAAAGGAAGAAGCUGAAGCAGCCAAAAGAGCAUCUGAGCUGCAAAGGCAGGCCAAUGAAGAAUCAAGGAACAAAGAAGAAAGAAGUAAAAUGUGCCGAAUCCAGUUUAGACUCCCUGAUGGAUCUUCCUUUACAAACCAAUUCUCAGCAGAUGCCACUUUAACAGAAGCAAGGCAGUUUGCAGAAUCGCAAGUUGGUGGCAUAUACGGACACUUUGAAUUGGCAAUAACUUUUCCAAGGAAGCAAUUUACACAGGACGAUUACAACAAAACACUGACUGAGCUGGAGUUGGUACCAAGUGCCUCAAUCAUCCUUGUCCCAAGUGGAAGAUCAACUUCAUCAAUGGUUCGAUCCUCGGGAGGAGGAUUGUGGACUUUCUUGAACACGUUAUUUUACCCAGUUAUUGCAGUUUGGAGGUUUCUCAGCAGUUAUUUGUUUGCUAGUGAUUCCACACAAAGGUCAUCCAGAGGAACUACCUCUUCAUCUCAGUCAGGAAGUUCCAGAGUGGCACCUUCCAAUGCAUCAGAUACAGACAGGGAAGUAAGAAGAAGGAGAUUGCUUGAAAAACGUGGAGAAGACUUCAAGAGGGAGGGAAGAAUUUACAGAUUGCGAACAGAAGAUGAUGCAGAUGAUGAUAACAAUACAUGGAAUGGAAAUUCUACUCAACAAAUGUAGCUCAUACCUUGUUAAAGUAGAAACAGUUGUACUUUAUUUUGCUCUAAAGUUAUACAAGUAUACUUCCAUUUUAAAAAAAAAAAGAAACUGGACAGAAGGUGCAUUUUGUACUCUUAAUUUCCUGCUCUGCUGCAUGGAUUUGUAUGAUUCUACUAAUUCUGGGGUGGGGGAGCAAUAAUUACUACAAUGCGAAUGUGCAGAAAAAUCAUUUUAGGCAAAUUCCAAAUUAUGUUUUCAAACACUUUUUGCAGUAAUAUGUAUUUGAAGUCCUGUCUUUAGGUUUAUUCAUUCCCUGCCUGUAUGACACAUUAGCUGACAACUCUGGACACCAUCCAGCCUCUGGCCCUAUUAAUUUAAAGCUGAUAAUAAAAUGUUUAAGGUUUUCAAAAAA